AUCAAAUCAAGCUCUGGUCUUGAUUCUCAUGGUAAAUAUUCAUCCAACAUUCCAGAUUCUACAUACCCAAUGUUCACCAAAACAAGCAAAUUAGGCUGAAUCCAUCAUAAACUUUCAUCUGCAUAAACAAAUGAAGAAGUAUGAUAAACUUCCUUCUUCCAGUGUAUUUCUCUUUGUUUCCUUCACCACUCUUCGUUUUGUAUGUUCACAAACAUUGCCUAAUUGCAUCCUCAACAUUCAAUGGUCUUCGUCGUCGUCGAUGGAUAGCUCAAAGUGUGGAGCAGGAAAUUGGGGUGGUUUCAACAACUACAGCUGCUGUGGAGAAGCUUUUGAUGCAUACCUGUACGCGUUGGCGCAGCGAGCCAAUCAAACGAGAAGAAUAUACUUAAAUUCCAAACAGCAGCAGAACUGCAUAGCUUCAAUGAAAGCCAUGGACAAAGAUAUUGAUAUCUGUGGAAUUGAGAAGCUCACAGGUGGAGCUGGUGGUUGCUCUAGCUAUACCACUACAGAUGUUUUUACUAAUUUGGGAGACAGAUUGAGAGAUCUUGGAGACGACUGUGGACUAUUAGGCUCAAAUGGCACUUGCACUGCUUGUUUGAAAAGGUGGGAGGAGAUCGGUGGCGGAUCAUCUGAUAACAAUGAAGCCAAUCUUUGUAGAUUUGCAGUUUUGAUUACAUUAACAAGCAAUCGACUCGAGGAUGAGAAAUGGAUCCAUGAAGUUUAUAACUGCCUCAGUAUGCAAAACCUUACUUCAGCAGCUGUACUUAAUGACACAACUGGAAAUGAAACAGAAAAUGCAUCCAGCGGUAAAAGCAACCGAAAAUCAGGAAAAUUGUUGCUAAUAAUUGGUUUGGUGGGGAUUGGAGUUGUGGUGGUCAUUGCAUUUGCAGCAUGGGUCUGGUUUAGAAGGAAAAAGAAACUACAUUUUCCCACAAUAAGAGACACAUCAUAUAAUUCACUCUCUGGAGAGACCAACAUUCUGAAGAUCUCAGUCAAGGAAAUUUACACAGCUACAGGCAAUCUCAGUGCAUCAAACUAUAUUGGCCAAGGCAUAGCUGGAAAGGUGUAUAAAGGAGUACUAUCAAGUGGUCAGCAUGUCGCGGUUAAGCACAUAAUCAACGAUGGACAUAUCGAGACAUUUGUCAGGGAAAUUGCGAGCCUGUCUCAGGUCAGGCAUCCGAAUCUUGUUGCUUUACUUGGCUAUUGUGAGAAAGAAGAUGAAUGUUUCCUUGUCUAUGAGCUUUGCCACAAUGGGGACCUCUCAGAAUGGUUAUAUGGCAAAGAUAGGACCCUUUCAUGGAUCAAAAGACUUGAGAUUGCGAUUGACAGUGCUAGAGGUCUCUGGUUUCUCCACACAUAUCCACAAGGCCGCAUAAUUCAUCGAGAUAUCAAGCCCACAAACAUUCUAAUCAGUGCCGAUUUUCAAGCGAAACUCUCAGACUUCGGGCUGUCCAAGGUCAUGGACGUUGGUCAGUCUUAUGUGAGCUCAGAAGUGAGAGGGACAUGGGGUUAUGUCGAUCCUGAAUAUCGAAUGAACCGCCAUGUAAAUGCCUUGGGAGACGUUUACAGCUUCGGAAUAGUAUUACUACAACUUCUCUCAGGGCAGAAGGUGAUCAAUUUGAAUACAAGCAAACCAAUGACCCUGAAUAAAAUGGCAAAAUUCCUCACAAGAGGCGGCAACAUCACAGAUUUUGCCGAUCCUAAGCUGAACGGGGAGUACUCGAAGGAGGCCUUCGACCUUGUAGUCAAGCUAGCCUUAUUGUGCACAGGAAUUAAGAAGGAUAGGCCAUCAAUGGAGCAAGUAGUUCUUAGACUAGAAAAGGCACUCAACAUUUCGACACAGCAGAAUUCAUACAUAGAUUAA